AUGGUUCCUGUGCCGGAACAAAAGAAGGACCCAAGGGCUUGGGAUGCUCUUACGCCUUCAUUGGCGGAGUGGAUUCUAGAUGCAAUUGCUGCAAUGGGGUUUGCGAAAAUGACACCCGUCCAGGCUUCGACAAUUCCCCUCUUUAUGGGGAAUAAAGACGUUGUCGUCGAGGCUGUUACCGGUAGUGGAAAGACUUUGGCAUUCCUAAUACCGGUUGUGGAAAAAUUGCUGCGACUGGAAGAACCACUCAAAAAGCAUCAUGUCGGCGCGAUUAUUGUUUCGCCUACACGUGAACUGGCAACGCAGAUACAUACCGUCUUACUCUCCUUAUUAGCAUUCCACGAACCUUCGGCAGAGGCGCUGAAACCAUUGGAAGAUGGCGAAAAGAGACGACCGACGUCUGCACUUACUGUCUUACCCCAACUUCUUCUCGGCGGCACGACAACACCUGCGCAAGAUCUUAGUCGAUUCUUAAAAAACAGUCCAAACAUACUCAUAUCGACGCCUGGGCGGCUGCUCGAGCUUCUGUCUUCUCCUCAUGUCCAUUGCCCUCAGUCGUCUUUUGAAGUAUUGGUUCUAGACGAAGCGGAUCGACUUUUGGAUUUAGGAUUCAAGGAUGAUUUGCAAAAGAUAAUAGGACGAUUACCAAAACAGCGAAGGACUGGUUUGUUCAGUGCGAGUGUUAGUGAAGCUGUAGGGGAAAUUGUAAGGGUUGGAUUGAGGAACCCAGUCAAAAUCGCUGUAAAAGUGAAAAGUGCUUCCGGAGAUGACAAGAGGACGCCAGCGAGUUUACAGAUGUCUUAUCUUUUAACACCUGCGAGCCAUAAAUUUCCAGCGCUUCUUUCUCUCUUAGAACAAUUAGACCCGACACCCCAGAAAAGCAUCAUAUAUCUUUCGACGUGUGCUGCUGUCGACUACUUUCAGCACAUACUCUCCGCGUUAUUACCACAAAACUUUUCAUUAAUACCACUACACGGGAAACACCCUCCGAAUGUUCGCCAGAAGAACUUUUCGAGAUAUGUCCAAGCUACCACACCUACAAUUCUCCUUACGACAGAUGUUGCAGCACGAGGAUUGGAUAUUCCCCAAGUUGAUCUCGUUGUUCAAAUCGAUCCUCCUUCUGAUCCAAAAGUCUUUCUCCAUCGCUGCGGUCGAGCCGGUCGAGCUGGUCGCCGUGGUCUAAGUGUUAUAUUUCUUCAACCUGGAGACGAAGAGGAUUACAUUCCGUUUCUGGAUAUCCGUAAGACGCCGAUUACACCUCUUACCAAGCCAGUAAUACAUGUAACCGACGAAGACGCUAAAUCGACGACUUCAAAGAUCAGAUCUGAAGUUCUAACCGACCGGGCCCUUUAUGAUAAAGGUCAACGGGCUUUUGUCAGCUGGGUACAGGCUUAUUCGAAGCAUCAAGCCAGCAGUAUAUUCCAAGUUUCGUCUCUUGACUGGACAGAUCUUGGCAACGCCUGGGGACUUAUUAAACUUCCAAAAAUGCCAGAGCUGAAAAAGUGGGAAGGAGAUAAAUCUCUGGGUGUGAAGAUUAGUAUGUCAGAAUACGCGUAUAAGGAUAAAGCGCGCGAGAAGGCGAGAAGGUUAGCUAUGGAAGAAGAGAAAACUAAGGCACCAUUUGUGCCAAGCGAAGAAAUGCUUAAGAAGAGGAAGGAGAGAGAGGCCUGGAGCCACAAGCACGAACAGCAGGAUGUCAAAGAAAUGAGAAGGGAUAAAAAGAAAAGGAAGAGAGAGGCGGAGCGGUUGGAGAAGAUGACACCCGAAGAGAGGAAGAAGGAGGAAGAACUGCAAGCUUUAAUCGAGGAGGUGAAAAGGAAAAGGAUUGACGAUGAGGCUCAUGAGGAGUGGAAUGGCUUUGAUGAGUAA